CUCCCCCAAUCCAUCAGCCGGGUCUGGGUCACCGCGCGGGCUUUUAUCGAACCUGACCACGGUGCACCAACCGACCAUGGGUUAAAGCGGCAGCAGAGCGGAGAGCUAUGCUCCAACCCCACGUCCCCACCCAUCUGUUCCUUCUUAAAUCGCUCCCUCAGGUUGCUUUGUCCUCUCUCUGCACCUCAAUCCUCAGUGUCACACACCUCAUCGCUCGCUGCUCACUUCACUUGGCUAGCUAGCUCAGCUCGCUUUCACUGGGUAGUCCAAUCCAUUUCCCAACACCGGCCUCAGAACCCGCUUGUCCUCUUCCUCGAGGCCGAGGCCACGCAAAUGGCGCUGCCUCCCCUCGUCCUCCUCCUCGUCCUUCUGCUCGGCUCGCAAGCGGCCUGGGCGUCGGCUGUGUCGCUGCACGAGCGCGACGCGGCGGCGCUGCGGGACAUCCGCUCAGGGCUGCGGGAUCUGCCGGGCUCCCGGUUCUUCGACUCCUGGGACGACUCGCGCAGCCCGUGCGCCUACGCGGGCGUCGUCUGUACCCCCGACGAGGACGACCCGGCGUCGGGUGCGCUCCGCGUGUCGGUGCUAACGCUCGGCACUGGCCUCGCCGACUCCCCCGGCCUGGCGGGGACACUCCCGGCCUCGCUCGCCAGCCUCGCCGCGCUCACCGACUUCGUUCUCUACCCGGGCCGCGUCUCGGGGGCUAUCCCGGCCGACAUUGGGUCGGGUCUGCGCCGCCUCCGGCUCUUCUCACUGUCCGGUAAUCAGCUUACCGGGCCGGUGCCCGAGCAGCUCGCCGGGCUGCCGGAUCUGCACACACUCGACCUCGGCAACAACCGCCUCGAGGGCGCCAUCCCCACCGGCCUACUGCUGCCGUCUUCGCCAAGCCUCAAGGUGCUCAUCCUGGCCAACAAUGGCGGCCUCUCCGGGGAGAUUCCCGCCCAAUUCUCUAGUUCGCAGCUGUUUCACGUCGACCUGAGCCAGAACGCCAUCACAGGCACGCUCCCGCCGCUGCCGCCGACCAUCCGGUACUUCUCCGUAGCCGUAAACGCAAUGCGGGGUAGCCUCGACGGCGUGUUUGGUGACGGUUCGGGCCCGGCUGACCUGGCCUUCCUCGAUCUGUCCAUGAACAACUUCUCGGGCUCCAUCCCACCGGAGGUGUUCGCGCUACCAAGCGCGUCUUCGCUGCUCCUAUCCCGGAACACCUUCACCGGCCCGCUCACCGUGCCGGCGGAUACCGCCGCGCCGGCGCCGUGGUCGGUGGUUGACGUCAGCCACAACGGCAUCUCGGGCGAGGUACCGGAGGCGUUGGCGGCGGCGGGGAGCCUGUACGUGAACAACAACCGGAUGUCCGGCGAGGUGCCUCAGGCGGUGGCACGCAGCGUGUUUGCCGGCCGCAUGACGACCUUCUACGCGCAGCACAACUUCCUGACCGGCUUCCCGGCGCCGCCGCUGUCGUUGCCGGACUCCGCGGCGUUGUGCCUGUCGUACAACUGCAUGGAGCUGCCGUCCGCCUCAGCCGCCGACGGGUGCCCCACCAUCGGCGGUCCCCUGGAGGCCAGGCCCGCCGACCAGUGCCGGAGCACCGAGGACGGAAGCAGCGGAGGGGACGGCUGAGCCGCCGACGCGACUUGCAUUGGAUGACAGGUGGGGCACGCUCUUCUCGGCACGGGCGGAGAUGGUUGGGGGACGGGACACCAGGCUGGUGCUGCCUCACACAUAUUUCCUUUGUCCGUAUUCAUCGCGGCUUGUCGUCCUGCGGGAACGGUCACAAGGGAACGGGUGGGGCGUCCGUAUGUGCUAUUACUCACUAGCUUGUACGUUGUGUCUAAAAAAUACAAGGCCAUCUGAGCUGGGCAGGAAUGUCAAUUACACUACUACACAAACGGUUUUUAAGAAGCUAAUGAUAACCUAUUUAUAAAAGUGUUUAACUAUCAGAUGCAAAAGAGACUGUUUGUAAAAACUAAUUACUAGAAAUGGUUUAUUUAAGUAUUAUAUGUGAAAACCGAUUAAUAGAAAUGAUUCACUUAAAUACCGUAUGUGCGAACUGAUUAUUAGUGACGAUUCACUUAAG